AUGGCCGCCGGCGCCUUCUUGGAACUCCUGGAGUGGCUUCGAGAGGUGCUCCUGCAGGACGCUGUCUUCCUUCGCGAGUCCUACCCCGACCAUCCUAUCUUUCAGGAUCCGGUCUUUCUUGCCCCGAGUUUGAAGCGUUCGCCAGCAAAGUUCAAGACACAUGCACACGGGACCACGAAGACAGCCAUACCACGGUCAUUCAAAAGCGAUCCCGCCGAGCAGUUAGCUGAGCGAAGACAUCUAGACCUUUUGGGGGCUUCUUACGAACUAUGCACAAAGUUGGAUGAGUUUGCGCAGGCCACCUACACCGUCACCUUCAGCCCCGGCCAAGGUGCUGCAGGUCAACAUGCGGAGAUCGCGGGAGCUCAUCAACAGAGGCGCCGCGCUCCACGAGAGACGGUCCUCAGGUCCGAGAUAGGCCCUUCGCAAGCGGGCGGUCCGACAUACGCUCCGCUCUCUCUAGAGCAGCAGCAGGGAAUGGUGCAAGCGGGCCAGGGGCAAGCCCCCCAGGGAAGAGCGCAUGGCGAGCCGCCUGGGCCGCGCGAACCUCCGAGCUUCAAGCUCCCCCGUUCUGUCAAAUCUGUACAGGAGCUGCUGCGUCUCUGGCGGCAGGGCUGGGGCGAAAUGCCUUCUGUGGAUUCUCUUGAGCGAGACUGGGGUGCUCGAUGGCGGCCAUCUGCAGAGAAGAAUUACCUUUCCACGCGCAAGAUCAUCGUCGAUGAGGUUCGGAGGCGGGCCCAGUCGGACGGCUUAACUGAAGAUAUCGUGGCGAGGCAAAUGGACGAAGAACGUGGACCCAGCUCUUUGGAUAAGUUGUUCAAGGCCAUCCGAAAGGACAGGCAAGGCGAAAAGGGACACAAACGUGCGUCAGGGCAAUUCAACGUCGGUGGUAGCGAAAAGUCGAUGGCGCAGCUAUCCAGUCGAACUGGUUUUCUCGUCGUCGGUCCCGGCUUUCGCGCUUUAUGGCGCUCCGAAGAUGACAUCAACCCGGCAGAGGUGAUCCGGACCUGUGACAUCCACUUGAUGUCACAAAAACGGCUUGUCGCAGUACCGCGCCGCCCAAAGUAUGACAUACCUCAGCAGUCUAUUUCCGACAGACUCAAAGGCCAGCCUCGUCAACUCUUGAGUAAGUCUCAGGAAGCUCGCUUGGUUUCUUGGAUCCUCCGCCAAGAGUCUCGGCUAUGCUCCAUCCCACAGUCAGAUCCGCGCAUGUGUGGAGGCUCUUAUGAAGCAACUGAACAACGAGCGGACAGUGGGCGCAACUGGGUCUCUAAAUUCAUCAAUCGCCAUCCGGACAUCAAGAACAAGCGUGGAGACUCCCGCAACUGGACCUCAUUUAUUGAAGCUAUCACCGCGGACGGCCGUGUCCUUACCCCUGGCAUUAUCUUUAAGGGCAAAGAACUUCAGAAACAGUGGUUCUUGACGGAAUUCGGCAAAAUAGCCGACUGGCAUUACAUAACGUCGCCCAACGGAUGGACGGACAACCAUAUCGCUAUUGAGUGGCUUGAGAGGGUCUAUUUGCCCCAGACGCGACCAGCCGAUGCCUCAGAUGCUAGACUGAUCAUAUUAGAUGGACAUGGAAGUCAUGCAACGCCGUUAGAUAACGGUGUAUUCAAUGCCUCCAAGGCAGCUUACCGGAAAGAACUGAAAUUGACCUGUUUGACCGAUUCUGCGCCUGUUCAUAAGGUCAAUUUUAUACGGGCAUAUGCUAAAGCGCGCGAGGUUGGAAUGACGGCAAAGAAUAUAUUGUCCGGCUGGAGGGUCACUGGGAAUUGGCCGAUCUCACGAUCCAAGGCAUUGCGGCAUCCAGAAAUUCACGCAGACAUUGUAGAGACGUCUCCAAAGUCCGCGCCAUUUUGGGUUCUGAUGAUACGCCAGAAACAGCCGCCAGAUUCGCGAUUUCGGAAGAACAAGACUCCUGGCACCCGGAGACGAUACGCCGUGAUAGCUAGAGGCUUUGAAGCCCAGAACAGACGCUUGCCGAGCACAGCAACAGAAUCGCGAAGCUAG